AUGCCCAUGAAAGCGAAUGAAUGGAUCGAUGUAUCGCCGGAGAGGAACCAUUAUUCACUGGAUCAUUUUGUAAUUCCACAACAUUAUGAAAAUGAUCUUGAAAGCAUCUUGAUUCCACACGGUGUUAUCAUGGAUCGUAUCCAAAAGUUGGCCCGCUUAAUCGUUGACGAGACCGACGGUCCACUAGUUGUAUGCUGUAUCUUGAAGGGAGGUCAUCAGUAUUUUGCCGAUCUUACCAAUGCCAUCAAAUGUCUGACACGCAGCAACGGUCAGAGUGUGCCUCUCAGUUUGGAAUUCAUCCGCGUAAAGUCAUACAAGAAUGAUAAAUCUGAAGGCGUCACUAUCAGUUUAACCGAUACUGAAUGUCACGAAUUCACGGGCAAGAAUCUGCUCAUUGUCGAGGACAUUAUCGAUACCGGAGCGACCAUGAUCCAGUUGCUGGAGAAACUGAAAGAGUACAAGCCGAAAUCCAUACGUGUGACGAGCUUGUUAAUCAAGAAAACAUCACGAAGCAAUGGUUACAUUCCCGAUUAUGUAGGAUUUGCUAUUCCGGAUGCCUUUGUUGUUGGCUACGCGUUGGAUUACAAUGAAUACUUUCGCGAUCUUGAUCACAUUUGUGUUAUCAAUGUAAGUUUGGUUCAAUUUUGUUUCGAGACAAAAGAAGGGGGGAUGGAGUUGCUUGUUUUGUUUCAAUAUUAUGUUAUGGAUACGAGUCAUGAUCUAAUGUGA